UUGGCUCCAGCGCCACCUCCGCAAACUAAUUCACGGCCGUCGCUUUGCCUGUUGCGCACCCGGUCGCGAUGUUCUUCAGAUGGCAGCAGUUUUUCUUCUCCUUUGCCAUCCUAGGGCCCUACAUGAUGACCUACGCCUGGUCUUUGAGCUUCUGGGUGCGUCUAUGCACCGGCUUUGUGGCACUCAGUCAGGCGGCCUCACAGAUGAUCUACUACAAGAAUCCCUCCAAUGCCGUGGUGCCGAACCCGGCCAACCCCUUUGGUGAUAGCUCUCAGGAGUUCAUCGCGCUGUGCAUCGCCUCGGGCGUUUGCGGCGCCCUCUUCGCAGCCUUCUCCGAGCCCAUCGGCCUGCUGAUCAUCCAGCUUUGGGGGCUCUUUUGCAUCUACUCCAUGGCCACCGUGGCCAGUGAGCACUUCAAGCCGCUGCCCAACUCAGCAGAGGAGGUGGUCAUGGAGAUGUUUCGCUUCGAUGGCGUCGAGGGCCUGCUGGGCGACGGCCAGUCCUGGAAUUCUUUGAUGAUCGUCUGUUGUAUCUUGGGCGCCUUGAGCAUCCUCCUCUUCCUCUCGCGGCUACUCUGCCGCCCUCCACCCAAGCUGCAGCACUUCCUCGCGGGCCUCUUCGGCGCCCCAGUCGGGGCACUCGCCACCGUACAGGCCAUCUACUUCUAUUGGAACUCUGAUGGCUCUGAGGCUCCCUUGGUCUACGGCAUGGUGGCUGGGAACAGGGCGAGGUGGUGCUCCGACCCUUCCUCAUGCAAGAUUUUCUUUUGCACCUUUUGUAUCCUGAACAUCGUGAGCGUCAUCACGCAGCUUUUGAUUUACAGCGGCUUUAAGGAGUACUGGUCCGACAGGAAAUAUGCUCCAGUGCCAUUUCGACAUCCUCGCGCACGGUCUGUGAGCUUCAGCGAGGUGAAUGGUGACACUGAGGAGGAUGACGAGACAUGGGAUAUGGGAUGUGCUCCAGAUGAAGGAUCCGAGACGUGGCACAUGAACCUACAGACGCCCAGGUCUUGCUGGAUUUUCCUCACCGCCGUGGUGACCCUCUCCUGCGUUGCCAGCGUUUGCUUCACCUACUUCGUGAAGUGGGCCAGCAAUACUGCCACCCAGUUCUUGGUUGCGCUCAUGUACAUUUUGACCAAUGCAUUUUGUUUGUGGAGCAUCAUCGAGUUCUUCCUGCUCACCUUGUGGUUUCAUACCAUCCGACUGGUUUGUGGCAUGCCGCCACUGCCAAAGCGCAAUUUCCGAGAGGGUCUGGAUCGUCCGGGCCGCACCUGUAUGGCCUACUGCUUGCUCUCCAAAGCUCCACAGUCCUCGGAAGAGUGCUUCAGCACGGCCUUGGAGGCACACUUAGCCAACUUGGAUCCCAACAUGCGGAUCACCACCAGCGUGGUGAGCGUCACCGGCUCCUACGAGCUCGUUCGCUUGGAGCUGGACUUGCGCGACCAAGCACGUGAUGAGAUCCGAAAGCGUUUGCAUCACGAGAUGCAGGUGGCGCUCUCCUCGACGCACAUCGAAGCUGAACAUCUUCGUUCACACCUUCACCUUCAUCUUUCCCACAUCUCUGAAAGCGCUGCCCGGCGGGUAGAUUUCUGGCACAGUUUGUUGGAUCCUAGCAGGGGCUCUCCUCAAGAACUACCGCGGAGGUUGACAUCCAUCAUUGAAGAGGCUGCAGCACACUUCAUCUACUUGCAUAGAACAUGCAAGAUCCUGAAGAAGCCGGGACAGUACCAGGACUUGAUGAUCCUGGCGUCUACCGGCAACAAUCAGGCGUAUACUUAUUUGGACACGGACUAUGGAAAAGAUGGCCGCAAGAAGGGCAGCGAGUGCUUUGGCUUCUCAGGCAACGUCGCUAUGGAGAACCUUGGAGCGGCAAGAGGAACGUGCAGGAACGGCAACGCGGAGUCCAAUAGUGCGUUGGUCCACGAGUUGGAGCGGCGUGGCAUGCCCGAUGUGGAGCUGGUGAAGCAAUAUGGUUCUGAUCCCAAGAACAGGUACUUCUACACCAUGGUGUUGGACUCCGAUACCAUUUGCCCGCCUGGAAGCAUCCGAACCUUGAUCGAAUCGGCGGAGCAUCCAGCCAACAGGGCCUUCGGCAUCAUCAAUGCCAACCUGGCGGUGGACUACACCGCGAAUGACGCAGACUGCACCUGGCACAUGUGGAGGAAUGCCUUGAUGGAGGUCUCAACCGUGAACCUGGUGCGGGGGCAGUUUUGGAUUUUCAACCGGACGGGCUUCUACGGGAAGGGACUCAUCCGGAAUGAGAUGUACAUCUCCAGGCUCAUUGGUUCCCCGGGCCGUUUGGUGGAAGCGUUGCCCAUUGACAUCCUGAGCCACGACACGGUCGAAGCCAAGUUGUUGCAACCGGCGGUGAACGUGAAUGUCACUCUCUAUGAGGACGUGGCCAGGAAUCCCAUCAGCGCUUUAUCCCAAUCAACUCGAUGGAUGUUUGGUGAGGUGAAGAACGCAUGCUAUCAUCCAGAUGGAUCUUAUCGUGGCAUCAUUUCGUUGCUGACAAUGAUCUAUGCAGGCCUGGUGGAAUGCAAACCACGAGAAAAGCCCUGGAUUCGUUGGCGGGAAGUGCCUUGCUCCGUGUCCGCCGAAUAUUUAAGCCACACCGGCUUCCGGCUCUUCCACGCCGGGCCAGGCAUUUUGCUGGUGAACAUUGCCACCUCCUUGCUGGCCUUUCAGAAGUUUGGCCUGGAGCUUCAAGUCUUGCCAGUCGUGGGUAUGUAUGCCUUUCUUUUCACCGUAUUGGCGCUCUUCAUCAUCCCAAAGGGUUUCUUGAUGUUCGACAAGCUCCCAUCCUUGAACCUGGGCAAGUGGCUCCUAUGCACUGGGAAGUCCUCCAAGAUCGGAGAUGGCGAGUUCUCGUCCUCGGAGGAGGACUACGACCAGUCCAUGAUCCCCCCGGGCGCGAGAAUCGUCCGGGAUGAAGAUUCGGAUAGCGAGGAAGAGGUCGAGGAGGAGAAAUUGGACCGAUGCUCCGUGCUGAUCAGGCAGUUGGCUUUGGCACUUGUAGAGAUCAGCCUGUCCAUCCUGCUGUUCAGCCCGGAGCUCAUCAUCGGGGUGGUGCGCCUUGUGCGUGGUGCCUGGGCACAGGUCAAGGGGAAGCCCAACUGGCAGCCACAGGAUGCGGUGGAGAAGGAGAUCCAGCAGAAUCUCAGCUUUGUCUACGUCUUUCGAAAGACCUGGCUUGUGUUUGCCUGUGGCGUGGCCUACUUGAUGUAUGCCAUCGUUUGCCGGAUGCAGGAUGCUGUAGUCUACUUGCUGAUCGUUUCGUGGAUUAUGUAUCCCUUCACCACCUAUUGGAUGUGUCUCCCAGUGCCCGAGGGCUGCAAGAAAUCUUUCCUUUGGAAGUGGGUCAUGGAUGUGAAGCGCAAUCAAGAUUGAUGCACUGCACGGUGCGUGGCUUGAAAGUCCCACCAAUAUACAUCAACUAGUGGCCCUGCUGGUGCCA